ACGCCUCGCACGCGUCCUCACAGCAGGUCGUGACGCAGUCCGGCUCUUCCUCCUGGGCGUCUUCCUCCCCUGGGCUGUUCCUGAUGUGACGGCCUCCUCCCUCCGCCCCUCUGAUCCUCUUAUCUGCGAGUAAGCGGCCAAGAUGGAUGUCGUGAACCAGUUGGUGGCCCAAGGGCAGUUCACCGUAAUCAAACAACCUCUGGGAUUUAUAAAAGUUCUCCAAUGGAUCUUUGCGAUCUUCGCCUUCUCAACAUGUGGAAGUUACUCCGGCAUGUUCAAGAUGAGCGUGGAGUGUAAAAACCGCUCCGAGAGUGAUCUGGGCAUAGAAGUAGAAUUUGAAUAUCCAUUCAGACUUCAUCAGGUUUACUUCGAUGCUCCCACCUGUAAGGGAGGGAAGCCCGAGCGUCUCUUCCUGGUCGGGGACUACUCCUCCUCCGCGGAGUUCUUUGUCACCAUCGCUGUCUUCUCCUUCCUGUACUCCAUGGCAGCCAUGUCUGUGUACUGUUUCAUCCUGGAGAAGUACCGUGAAAACAACAAAGGCGCUCAGAUCGACUUCGUGGUGUCGGCCGUGUUCGCCUUCAUGUGGCUGGUGUCUUCCUGUGCUUGGGCCAAAGGUUUGUCAGACGUGAAAACGGCCACUGAUCCAGAGAAGGUCAUCACGCUCAUCGCAGCCUGUGAGGAGCAGGAGAACCGCUGCCGCGAGUUCUUCUUCUUCUUCUUCUUUCUUUUUUCUCUGCAGAUCUUUGCGAUCUUCGCCUUCUCAACAUGUGGAAGUUACUCCGGCAUGUUCAAGAUGAGCGUGGAGUGUAAAAACCGCUCCGAGAGUGAUCUGGGCAUAGAAGUAGAAUUUGAAUAUCCAUUCAGACUUCAUCAGGUUUACUUCGAUGCUCCCACCUGUAAGGGAGGGAAGCCCGAGCGUCUCUUCCUGGUCGGGGACUACUCCUCCUCCGCGGAGUUCUUUGUCACCAUCGCUGUCUUCUCCUUCCUGUACUCCAUGGCAGCCAUGUCUGUGUACUGUUUCAUCCUGGAGAAGUACCGUGAAAACAACAAAGGCGCUCAGAUCGACUUCGUGGUGUCGGCCGUGUUCGCCUUCAUGUGGCUGGUGUCUUCCUGUGCUUGGGCCAAAGGUUUGUCAGACGUGAAAACGGCCACUGAUCCAGAGAAGGUCAUCACGCUCAUCGCAGCCUGUGAGGAGCAGGAGAACCGCUGCCGCGAGGUGCACGACCCCAAGGUCUCCGGUCUCAACACUUCUGUGGCUUUUGGCUUCAUCAACCUGAUCCUGUGGCUAGGAAACCUGUGGUUCGUGUUCAAGGAGACCGGCUGGAUGGCCGCCUUCUCUGGGACAUACGUCGCGUCGCAGGAAAAGCAGCCUGCCCCCGACUCCUUUGGCCAGGGGGGCUACGGUCAGCAGGACCCCUACGCCGGCUCGCAGGGAGGGUACCAACCCGAGUACGGCCAGCAGGGCGGCUACACCGAGGAUGGUGGUUACACCCAGGGCUAUGAGCAGCAGCAGCCCACCUCCUACUCCAAUCAAAUGUGAGCCCGCCCACCCAGACCACAGCCGUAGGAUGGGUGACUGCUUGAUUUUGGAGUGUGUCUGUCGACCGUCGCCUGCAUUUCCACACUCCUCUGUUGUCUGUUUGUGUAUCUGUGAGUUGACAGACGAGGGGAGGGGGGAGGCA